AUGACUUCCAUGCUAGAUAUCAAGGGUCGUGUAGCCGCCGUCACUGGCGCAUCUUCGGGCAACGGGCGAGAAAUUGCUCUAACGCUAGCUACCGCAGGCGCACAUCUUGAGGACACCAGUACGCCUACUCACGAGCUCAUUGCGAGCCGAAAUUACCAGACCAUCUACCAGGAAGCGAAUGUCAGUUCAGAAGAGGAUGUCAAACUCCUAGUCGAAGCCGCUGUACAUCAAUAUGGUUGCCUUGACAUUUUUGUCAACAAUGCUGGCAUCUUCUGUGGCCUGGCCAAUAUUGUGAACGAGCUUGUCGUGAACUUUGAUAAGACCAUGGAACCAUCUUAUUGUGCUAGCACAGAUACAGUGGUCCAGUUAACCCGCCAAGUGGCCGUUGACUACGCAAAGGAGAAGAUCCACGUGAACGCCGUCUGCCCGGGAUUUCUUUCGACGGCGAUGGUACGGCCAUUCUUGGAAAACCCUGAAACCAGGAAGAUGCUGCUUUCAAAAAGCCCCUGGCCGCAUCUAGGAUCAGCUCAGGAUGUGGGCAAGACUGUGCUCAUCCUCGCUAGUGAUGCUGCCAGUUGGAUGACUGGUAGUCUUCUGCAAGUCGACGGCGGUUUCAUAGCUCAGUAG